AUGUAUAGAUAUUUUACUCACAACAGAACCUAUCACUACCUGGACGUUUUACAAGACAUCGUCAGAAACUACAACGCAAGAUCUCACAGCGCUUUAGAUGGAAAAUCUCCGGAUGCUAUUAAGAAAUCAAACCAAGAAAUUGUGUGGAAGCAUUUGUACGUAGACACAAAGAAGCCUAAGGCAACGAGAAGAAAACAUCCUCCAAAACCAUUUAAAUUCAAGAUAGGAGAUGCGGUACGAAUAUCAAGUACAAGACACAUGUUUCAACGCGAUUAUGAACAAAAAUGGACGGAAGAAGUGUUCACCAUUAAAGCACGAUACUUACGCCAGAGUAUUCCUGUUUACAAAAUCGUAGACUAUGACGGAGACUCAAUAAAAGGAACCUUUUACAACAGUGAACUCCAAAAGGUCAACAAAGGAAGAGAUGGCUUAUUCAAGGUAGAGAAAGUAUUAAAAAGACGAAAGAGAAGCAGAGUAAAAGAAGUUUAUGUGAAAUGGCUUGGCUAUCCUAAGAAAUUUAACAGCUGGAUCAAAGAAAGUGAUUUAGAAGACAUAUAA